AUGAACUCUCUACUGAAGUGGGCCGUGGGGCUCCUGGUGCUCUUCUCCGUGCUCCUGAACCUCGCUCUGAUCGUGGGAUACUCCCGCAGGACACCCACGUGCGCGACCCGCAGCGUGCACGCGCCCAAGGGCAAACAUGAGGCGCGCAGCCGCGUGUUCGCGGACCUGAGCCGGGACGAGUACGCGCAGGUCCAGGACUACAUGCUGCGGCAGAAGGAGCUCAACAUCUCCACGCGCCAGAGCACGAGACCUGACGAGAACUUUCUGUUUUUGAUAGAUCUGCGCGUGCCCGCGAAGUCUGAGGUCUUAGCGCACCUUGACGCGCACGGCCCUGCUCCGCGCAGAGAGGCCACAGUGGUGGUGUUCCACGGCUCCACAGGCUUCAUUAAAGAGUAUGUGGUGGGACCCCUGCCCAAGCCCUCCGACCACCGCGACGUGACGGCCCAAGACUACAAGGCAGAGCUGCCGCUCAGCGCGCGCCCCGUCACCAUUGGAGAGUAUAUCCUCAUCUUCAAGCUCCUGGAGCAGAGGGUCUUCUUGCCUCUGGCCAAAGUCCUCCAUGAGAGUUUCGGCGCAGAUCACAAACAUCGGCUCAAUGCGUUUGAACAGAUGCCGCGCGGAGUGCGCUCCGGAGAGCGCAAGACCUGGAUCUCGUUCUUCCGUGACCAGAGCGGGAUGUACAUCCAGCCCGCGGGCUUCGAGGUGCUGCUGAACCACCUGAGCACUGACCCCUCCCAGUGGAGCGUGGAGCGCCUCCUGUACAACGGCCAGUACUUCGAGUCCGUGAACGCGCUGCUGGACGCGUACCGCGCGGGCUCCGUACAGAAGUUGUCUGCGUCUCCGUGGGAGGACUACGGCUCCCUGAAGCCCCGCAGCAGACCCCUGCAGGUGGGCCCGCAGCUCGUGAGCCCCGAGGGCCCGCGCUACAGUGUCAGUCACAACCAUGUGCUGUACAUGGACUGGAGCUUCGCCUUUGGCCUGAGCUCGCUCACGGGCAUGCGCGUGUUCGACGUGCGCUUCAAAGACGAGCGCGUGCUGUACGAGCUGAGCGUGCAGGAGGCCAUGUCCGUGUACGGCUCCGUGACCCCGGGGAUGGGCAUGACUAAGUUCCUGGACUCCAGCAUCGGCAUCGGCCGCUUCGCACACGAGCUGGUGCGCGGCGUGGACUGUCCGUACGAGGCCACGUACGUGGACACGUACAGGUACAUAGACGUGGCAGAGGCGGGUCGCUACCGGAACUCCAUCUGCGUCUUUGAGCUGUCUCUGGGCCAGCCGCUGCGCAGACACUUCGCAGACUUCUUCAGCCACAGUUACGGCGGGAUGGUGAACAGCGCCUUGGUCUUCAGGACCAUCACUGCCAUCGGGAACUACGACUACAUGUGGGACUUCAUCUUCUACCAGAGUGGGGCCGUGGAGGCCAAGGUGCACGCCACAGGAUACAUCUCCUCCUCCUUCCUCGUGGCCGGAAGUCUCAAACACGGACACCAGGUGGCGCACAACGUGCUGGGCAACAUUCACACGCACUUCAUCAACUUCAAGGUCGAUUUGGAUGUGGCAGCUCUACGUCUCAUAUGUCUCAGCUCUAUGUCUCAUAUGUCGCAGCUCUAUGUUCUUCAGUCAGAGCUGUAUCAAACUGUUGUGGUGAAGAGGGAGCAGCGUCUGCAGUGA